GUCUGUUUUCUGAAUACUGUACGGUCUGUUUGUAAAUGUCAAACAAACAUUAGCGCAGUGUGUGUGUGAGACACGGCCGCACGGUUUAUUUUAUCCACCCGAGACUACUUACUUAAAUGCUCAUACAUAACUGCAUCCGAUCAUUAUUUUAUCCCAUGUAGUUGGUGGCACUACCACAGUCUUGUUACAUCCGGCGGUGAUAGCACCAGUGCAAUGAAUCCCGUCUGCUAUAAUGGGGGGGCCCAUGAUAGACUUAUACAUGAGGCUGACCAGCUCAUUUCUCAUAUCGAGCGAGGUUCCAUGAUCCUAAAACUUUAUCCGCGCAAGCGGCCUGAGCGUCGUUCUCUGUCCGUAAGAAGAGAGACCCUACAAAUUAUUUGGGCCAGGGCAGGCAUUCCACCGAAGAAUAUGUUUGAGGGCGCGCUCGACAUACGAGACAUCAAGGAAGUGAGGCUCGGCAAGGGUUCCAAACACUUCGAGCGCUGGGCAGAGGAAGUCAAGAGGCUGGAGAGCUCCAAAUGUUUCACCAUCUAUUAUGGUUCUGAAUUCAAACUGCGCGCAGCUUCGUUUGCAGCUCAAACUGACAAGGAAUGUGAGGCCUGGGUAAAGGGAAUCAGGUUUCUCAUUGAGGAGGCAGUAAGUGCAUCUUACCCCUUGCAAAUUGAGAGAUGGCUGCGGAAGGAGUUUUAUGCUAUAGAAAAUGCUCAUGAAAACAUCUCUUUGAAAGAAGUGAAAGGAUUCCUUCCAAAAAUAAACUGCAAGAUAGCAACCAACAAGCUGCGGGAUAUAUUCCAAGAGGUGGACACAGACAAAAGGGGAGAAAUCGGCUUUGACGACUUCUCUAGCCUUUACCAAAAACUGAUUUUUGACGAAAAUAGCGUCCACGAUAUUUUUGACAAGUACUCUUUGUACUGCAAGAAUGGCUCGACAAUAACUUUGCGUGAGUUCCAAAGCUUCCUCCGAGUGGAACAGCAUGACAGGCUUGGGGAUGACGAGGCCGUCGCCUCACAGUUCAUACGAGAUUACCUGCGCGAUCCGCAGAGGGAUAUCUAUGAGCCGUAUUUCACUCUGAAUGAGUUUGUUGAGAUGCUAUUCUCGAAACAAAACACCAUCUGGGACAGUAAACAUGACGCUGUGACGCAGGAUAUGACGAGACCACUAUCCCAUUACUGGAUAUCUUCGUCACAUAAUACGUAUCUAACCGGCGAUCAAUUUUCGAGUGAAUCGUCUUUGGAAGCUUACGUUCGUUGCCUGCGGUCUGGGUGCCGAUGCAUAGAACUUGACUGCUGGGAUGGCCCGGACGGAACCCCAUUUAUUUACCACGGCCACACACUGACCACCAAAAUAAGAUUCAUGGAUGUUCUACGAACAAUAAAAGAACACGCUUUCGUUGCGUCCGACUACCCUUUGAUUCUGUCGAUUGAAGACAACUGUACCUUGCCUCAACAACGUCGCAUGGCGACCGCUUUCCAAGAUGUCUUCGGAGACUCGCUGGUCGUCCAGCCAUUCGAUAAAAACGAGUCUUGUCUGCCUUCACCUGAAAACCUGCGCAGAAAAAUAAUUCUAAAACACAAGAAGUUACCGGAAGGGGCGGAGGAAACUUCCUUUUCGUUUCGUCAGGAAGAGGUAAAGGAUUUAGAUUUGCGGAAUUCUAUCAAGAACGGAAUAUUGUUACUCGAGGACCCGGUAGAUAAGGAGUGGAAUCCCCACGCUUUCGUACUGACGGAAUCUAAGCUGUAUUAUACUGAGCAUUACAGCAAUCAGCAGGAGACUGAUGCGGAGAGUGAUGGAGAGCCUGAAGCUGAGGCCCCUGUGGUUCCUCAGGAGGAGCUACACUUCGGGGAGUGCUGGUUUCACGGCAAGCUCGCUGGGAAUAGGCAGGAGGCUGAGGAGCUGCUGCGGAACCACGCACACCUCGGAGACGGCACCUUCCUCGUGCGUGAGAGUGUCACAUUCGUGGGCGACUACUGUCUGUCGUUCUGGCGCCAGGGCAAGGUCAACCACUGCCGCAUCAAGUUGAAGCAGGAACGCGGUGUCACCAAGUACUAUCUCAUUGACACCGUCUGCUUUGACAGUCUCUAUAGCUUGAUCACACACUACCGGCAGCAUCCAUUGCGUAGCCAGGAAUUCUUGAUAACGCUAAGGGAACCGGUGCCUCAGCCAAACAAGCACGAGGGCAAAGAGUGGUUCCACCCAUUCUGCACACGUGCUCGGGCUGAAGAGUUGCUGCGCAAGGCCAACACUGACGGCGCGUUUUUAGUCCGACCCAGCGAGAAGGACAACUCUUCGUUUGCUAUAAGUUUCAGGACGCAAAGGGAGAUAAAGCACUGCAGGAUCAAGCUUGAAGGCCGUCUUUAUACCAUCGGCACGGUGAGGUUCGAGAGCCUGGUCGAGCUGGUCAGCUACUACGAAAAGAAUCCUCUGUACAAGAAGGUUACCCUGUGGCUACCCAUCAGCGAAGAGCUUGUUAGGCGUAUCAUAGCCGAACCUGACGACAAUACUGUAUACGGGACCCCUGGCUACAUGGAUCCGACAGCUUUCACUUCCAAGGUGACUGUAAAAGCUUUGUACGACUACCGCGCGCGACUGGACGACGAGCUGUCGUUCUGCAAGCAAGCUAUCAUCACGAACGUGGACAAGCCGGACGGAGGCUGGUGGCGCGGGGACUACGGCGGCAAGAAGCACCACUGGUUCCCAGCUAACUACGUGCAGGAAAUUGAGGUUCCGCACAUUCCCGACGGCCCAGGUCUCGAGAACGAAACCGCAGCUUUGGGCUCAUUACAGAAAGGCGUCGUAGACGUGCUAGGCGCUGUGGUGGAACUGGUAGUGGGUGAGGAGGGCGGCGCGCCGCGCUGGCUGGUGCGCAUACAGAGCCCUCAGAUGUGCGGCCCCUUCGACAUGGCCGCGCCCACCCGCGAGAUUGCGCUCGAAUGGCUCACCGCCAUCAAAGAGGCUGCCAUCAGUGCCAGUGCCCGCUCCCUCCAACAUAAAAAGAUGGAACGCACAUGGAGGAUUGCUAAAGAGAUGUCUGAUCUGAUAGUCUAUUGUCGCUCCGUCACUUUCAAUCAGGAGCGCAUACGCAACAAAGGCUUCAUUUACAACGAAAUGUCUUCUUUCCCCGAAACCAAAGCCGAGAGGCUGAUGUGCCAACAGGAGACUUCUUUCUUCCUCAAGUACCACACCAAACAACUGAGUCGCAUUUAUCCGAAAGGACAGAGGAUUGAUUCCUCGAACUACAACCCUGUUCCGUUCUGGAACGCUGGCUCUCAGAUGGUAGCUCUGAACUACCAGACUCCAGAUAAGCCGAUGCAGAUUAAUAUGGGAAAGUUCAAGGAGAAUGGUGGAUGCGGUUACGUCUUGAAGCCGGAGUUUAUGUUCGAUGACGGCUACAAUCCGUAUUCAAAGAAGAGUAUUGAGAAGAAAGUGAAGCCAAUGUUAGUGAUGCUGCGUUUGAUCGGGGCCAGGCAUCUCAUAAAGACGGGUCGUGGCACUACCAGCCCGUCAGUGGAAGUCGAAAUUAUUGGGGCGGAAUAUGACUCUGGCACUAAACUCGUCACAAAGACAGUUGCUGAUAACGGCCUAAACCCGAUUUGGAACGAUAUUUGCGAAUUUGAGGUAGCAAACCCCGAACUGGCUCUCAUUCGUUUCCUUGUUCAAGAUGAAGACAUGUUCGGCGACCGAAAUUUCAUAGGACAGGCAGUAUUCCCAAUCACAUGCCUGCGAUCUGGGUACCGAAGUGUGCCAUUGACCAACGCUUAUUCAGAGGAACUUGAGCUAUCAUCGCUGAUGGUCCAUAUAUCCUUCAUCGUCACCAAAUAGAUGAAUUAGUAAAUAUAUUCCCCUACAGCUGGGCAUGAUGUUUGUAGCCAAAAAUUUGUCAAGAUAUAUGGAGUGAGGUAAAAAUAUAUUUAUUUCACUACUGGAAA